GGUCAACAAGCCAUGCUGUUUCUGUGAGCUGUUGCGGAAACAGUCCGCUGCAGUUUCACUUCGGGUCAAGAUGACCAUGGACCUGACUUUCCUCGGUACCGGUUCGGCCUACCCGUCUCCACACCGCGGAGCGUCGGCGCUUGUGCUCCGCUCCGAGGGCGACUGCUGGCUGUUUGACUGCGGGGAAGGCACGCAGACUCAGCUGAUGAAGAGCUCGCUCCGAGCCGGUCGAAUCAGCAAAGUCUUCAUCUCUCAUCUCCAUGGCGACCACCUCUUCGGACUCCCUGGUCUCUUGUGCACCAUCAGUCUCAACUGCGGUUCGGACCAGGUGCAGAACCUGAGCUGUGUGGACAUAUUUGGCCCGCGGGGCCUGCGGCACUAUCUCAGGGUGACUCUGGGUCUCACAGGGUCACAGCUGCUGUUCCCUUAUGCAGUUCAUGAGCUGGAGCCCACCUGUGACCAAAGUCCAGAGGAGGGACAGCUCAGCCUGGAGAUGACGGCAGCGUCCGGUCCUCUCCACCCGCAGGAGCGUCCAGGAAGGACCAUCUCUCUGGACGUGUCCAGCGACUGCUACCACCUGUGUGAGGACGGGAGGUUCGUGGUCCGAGCCUUCAGGUUGUUCCACCGCGUCCCGUCUUUUGGCUUCUGCGUCCAGGAGCACGAUCGACCCGGGAGGCUGAAGACUGAGCUUCUGAAGGAACUGGGUCUGAGUCCUGGUCCUCUGUACGGGCGCCUGAAGGCGGGCCACUCGGUGACGCUGGACAGCGGGCGUAUCCUCUCCCCUGUGGAAGUCCUGGAAGAAAACAUCCCGGGCAGGAAAGUGUGUAUUUUUGGCGACUGCAGCGCGACGCUGGGCGACAGUGUUGUGAGGCUUUGCAGCCGGGCCGAUGUCCUGGUCCACGAGGCCACGCUGGGCAACGACCAGAGGGAGAAGGCGGUCGAGCACGGACACAGCACGCCGGAGAUGGCGGCGGCGGUGGCUCGAGCCUGCGGCGCGCGGCGGCUGGUCUUGUACCACUUCAGUCAGAGGUUCAAGCCCGGCUCCCAGGUGAAGGAAGGCCACGAGGACGACGUGACAGAGCUGAAGAGACAAGCGGAAGACGCUCUGCAGGACAGCAGCGUGGACGUGGUGCUCGCCGAGGACUUUCUGACUCUCACAGUCCCGCUGAAGAGGUCGAAUGAAGGUCGCAGACAAGAAUGAACUUUUUCCAGAGCUUUAUUUCUGGAUCUGUACACAAGGUAUUAAAGUACAACAGAAAAUACAAAAUAAUGUUUAACCAAAAAAAGGAAAAACUAAAAACAAAAUGAAUGUUUAUGUACAAUUCUUAUAAACAAUAAAGAUAGCUUCUGGAACAUUUCUCAUAGUGACGCUUUGAUUGUCUAUAUAUCUGGAUAUACACUUUAACUUUUGUAAGGUCUGUUUUUAUUCACAGAGGUUUCCUUUGAACUCCGAAAAACCGCUUCUCCUCUUUUAAACUUCA